CUUGGCAGAAAGCGUCACAUACGUUAGAGCGAUGGAAAAAAACAGUUUUUUCAUUCAACUUUGACGAAAACAAAAAUGGUGGAACAUAUGCUAGAAAACCGAAGCUCUUAACCCGAGUCAGAUCCAAUUACUUAAAAAGCAAGAAGAGUGCAAAAAGAAAAUGAAGAAUCAAAGCAAUCUAAUGGAGUGGUUGAAUCAAGUGGUGGGAGAGCCGUAUUAUUUCUUCCAUUUCCUAGCUUUCUUCUCUUAUUUCAUCGUUCGGAGCUCUGCUGCUAAUAUCCUUUCCCCUCAAAUCACUCAACAUCUCUUUCAUAGGGAAAUUCAAGCGAUUUUGGCCUUUCUGAUGCUGUCAGCGUACAAGAUGGUAAGAGAAGAAACAUGGGAGGGUUUUAUUGCUGAUGCUUUGUUUUUUGGAAAGAUCUUUCUUAUUGCCCUUACUCUAAUAAUGGACUAUCACUUGACUUUGUGGUAUAUAGUGCUAUUUUCAGUGAUAUAUGUUAUAGCACAACAACCCCCUUUCGAAAAACUUGGUUCUUCAAGUAAGCUAACACCAUUGCAAUUGGAAGCUUUGCUAACCGAAGGGAACACACCAAGAUUUUGGCUGGUAGAAUUCCGUGCUUCGUUUUCAUCAGGUUGCAGACGUGCCAGUCGGUGUUUUCCUGAGCUGUCAAUCACAUACUCGAACAAAAAUCUAUCAUUUGGAAUAGUUGAUCUUGGACUUUUCCCAAAUGCUGCAGAAAAAUUCGGAAUCUCUCCUGGAGGAAGCAUGGGACAGCUUCCCACAUAUAUACUAUUUGAGAAUGAUACAGAGGUUUCACGCUUUCCCGAGUUCAAUUUUGAAGAAACACCUACACCUCCUAUAACUACGCGGCUUCUUGCUCGCCAUUUUGAGCUCGACCGGCUUCUCCUUGAAUAUGUAAAUGGAAAAUAGCUGAUUCAUCUAAGGCUAUACCUGGCAAUUAAGCUAUAAACUUUGAUUCUCGAUAUGGACACCUAAAGAGAAGCAGAGAUUAAACCGAGCUUCCCGCAUAAUUACGAAGUGCGGUUAACUUUCUUGUUUUCUUGUGCAUUUGAUUGGUGGAUUUUGUUUUUGGCAGUUUGACAUUUUUUGACAGACACAAAGUGGAAUAUGAAAAUAUCUUAAUGUUUUUGGAAUA